AUGGCUACUACAUUAGCAGAUUUCAAAGGGUGGCAAAUCAUCGUCAAGGAUGAACAUGGUGGUUUGAUUAAUGAUAGUACGAAGAGAAGAAGAAGAAGAAGGGGAGGUUUUGGAAAUAAGGAGUAUAUCUGUUUACAAAGGAAGUCAGAUGGUCUAAUUUUAUCAUGUGGGGAUUCAAUUGUAUGCAGAGAUCCACAGACGAAUUCGUUGGCAGUUUACAUGAUCCAUGAGAUUCGCCUAAAUACAGCAAGUAAUUAUGUUGAGCUCUGGUGUUUUGGAUAUCUAUGUUGGUAUGAGAUAAAUCCAAAGGAAUACUAUGCCCAGUUUUUACCGGAAGUUCUUGAUUCUUGUCCUGAAUUUGAAUCUGAGAUCGAAGUAGCGGAUUAUUUUCGAGAAAAAUUCCAGCUGGAAUGUAAUAAGUCCGAACUUUAUCUCACCGCUGAGUUAUCUGAACUUUACCUGAAAGAUUUUGUGUCAUUGGCAAAAAUCUACGAUUCAGAUUCCUUUUCAUCCGAUCUCAUCACGGAGGACAAUCAAACACAUACUUUCGUCGUUAGCAGCGCAUGCGAGCCUGAUGGGAAUACAUUUGUACAUAUCGAUAUACGUGCAAUUGAGGAAUAUAUACGUGAGAGUGAUCCGGAAAGAAGCAAAAAGUAUCUGAAGGAGCUGACUGCGGAUGUCAAGCUUGCCAAAAGUAAGAAAAAGAAGAUAGAUAAACCCAGGAAGGAGACUGUAACUUCAAAACCAAAUUUCAUAAAAGAGGAGAAGUCGGAUUGUAUGGCCAUCAAUACUGAAGAUCCUCCGAUAGGUACUACUUCUUCUCCUAAUUCCAAGUCGGAAUCACUUGAGGCCUUACCGACAAGGGGAGACAAUAGGAUCGGCAGGAAACAGGCUUCUAGCAUAAAAAUUGAAGAUGACAAGGGAAUAUUAGCAGAUGUCAAAAAUGCUCAGCGGGGAGCGAAUAGAGGUCCUUCUAGAUCUACUAGCAAGGCCAAGCGUGUUACAUGGGAUACAGAAAACAUAAAAAAUCAUGAUGAAACCUCGCAAUUACCUGUACAGGAAGACGACGAGGAUCAUUACAAUGCUACCGAAAUUGUCGACUAUCAACUUUCGAACAGCGAGGAUGAUUUGCUAGAUAAUGAGAACUACGAGACGGAUAACGACGAGGAGGACGUUAGGCCUUCAAGAAAAAUAACUGCUAAGCCAGAUAGGAAAAGACGUAGGGCUUCGAGCUCACCUACUAAGGAACCUUCUACUCCAAAAAGAGCAGUUACUAAGAAAAACGUUGUACGUGCAAAGAAAGCGUAUACUCCAUUUUCGAAGCUGUACAAACGCCCGCAGGAUAUUCCGGAUUUAACUAAAAACAAAGACUUCUACCGUGAUACUCAUGAAUGGGACAUUUCUGCAUUAGAGAAUCAGUUUCGAUCUCCUUCCAAGCAAAGGACAGUAGAAACAAUAUUUUCAAAAGUAAAAAGACAAUUAAAUUCUAAUCACGGAAAAGAGGAAAUUGUCAAGGCAUCGAAUUUUAAUGACUAUCUCCCAGCGCGUGAAAACGAGUUUGCUACCAUUUACUUAAGUGCAUAUAGUGCGAUUGAAGCUGGUACUGGGACUAGUAUAUACAUUGCCGGUACGCCAGGCGUUGGAAAAACGUUAACUGUAAGAGAAGUUGUGAAGGAAUUGCUAAUAUCGGCAGAUAGAAAAGAGCUGCCAAAGUUUCAGUAUAUAGAAAUAAAUGGGUUAAAAAUGGUAAAGCCCACGGAUAGUUAUGAUUUUCUAUGGAAGAAGUUAUCGGGGAGUACUUUAACGUCUGGAGCUGCAAUGGAAUCCUUAGAAUAUUACUUUAAAGAGGUACCUUUGACUAAGAAACGUCCGGUUGUAAUUCUACUAGAUGAACUUGAUGCAUUAGUUACCAAAAAUCAAGACGUUAUGUAUAAUUUCUUCAACUGGACAACUUACGAAAAUUCAAAACUGAUUGUGGUUGCAGUGGCCAAUACAAUGGAUCUUCCUGAGCGUCAACUAGGUAAUAAGGUAUCGUCUAGAAUUGGGUUCACCAGAAUUAUGUUUACCGGUUAUACACAUGACGAGCUAAAAACUAUAAUAAAUCUUCGUUUAGAGGGUCUUAAUGACAGCCAUUUUUUUGUUGACCCAUCAACUGGCAGCUCUUAUUUGUAUCAGGAUGAUGAGCUUAGCCAUAUACCUGAGGAUAUCUCAAAGUUGCAAAAAGUUAGACUAAAGAUUAGCGAUGACGCCAUAGAAAUAGCAUCCAGAAAAAUUGCAAGUGUUAGCGGCGACGCCAGGCGUGCAUUGAAAGUGUGCAAACGGGCUGUUGAAAUAGCAGAACACGACUACAUGGUGCGCCAUGGGUACCAAUAUGCUCCUACGGCUACCGCUGGCAAAAAAAUAGCAGUGAAAGACAAUGAAAAGCAUGAGGAACUACAAAGAGUGGAAAUAAAACACAUCACCAAAGCCCUCCAUGAGACCAUCAAUUCUCCCACAGACAUAUACAUGAACAGACUCUCUUUUACUUGCAAGCUAUUCCUCUAUGCAUUGGUGAACUUAAUCAAAAAAUCUGGCAGUCAGGAGCAAACGCUUGGUGAUAUUAUUGAUGAAAUCAGAUUACUGAUAGAAGUCAAUGGAAGGAAUAAAUACAUCCUUGAGCUAAAAAGGGUGUUCUUUUUUGCGGAUGGUGUGGCAGGAGAUGAGGAGGAACAGCUACGCAUAAUAUCUUGGGACUAUCUCAUAAAUCAACUCGUAGAAACUGGGCUGGUCAUUAAACAAAAUCUGAAGAACGAACGCAUGUGCGCCGUCAAAUUAAACUUAUCAUUUGAGGAGGUUAGUAAAAACAUUAUGGAUGACGAGGUAUUGAAGACAUUAUGA